UAACACAGCCAGCGCAACGCAACAACAAAAAGCAAGGAGAGAAGAAGAGUCAAGCAAAAGAAAAGCCAACGAAGUCAACUGCGAAAAUUUUGUGCCUUCCUCCAAUACAUAGCUCGUACGUUGUUCAAAUGCUUUUAAAUGUGAACGCAAAGGAUUAAAAUACGAUAAAUAGUUGAUGAGUGCGUGUGUAUGUGUUGUGCAUGAUAUCAAAAUAGUCUCUACAAUAGUGCAACGCAACCAGAUUCGAGUGCGUGCAGCAGCAGCAACACCAACAACAACAACAAAUAAAAAAAAUAGAAAAAGAGAGCGAGAGCGAUAGCCAGCCUUAGCCGUAACUCACUUUGCUUUGGGAUUUUUUGUUGCUACCUUUUCUUGCUUUUGUUUUUGCUUGAAAAUUUUAUAGACGAACCGAAAUUUGAAGUCAGCUGGCCUGGUGUGAAAAGUAACAAAAGGUAUCAUGUCCUGGACUGAGAAAGUGGACCCGGAGUUGAUCUUCACCAAGCAAGAGCGCAUUGGCAAAGGCUCUUUUGGCGAGGUCUUCAAAGGCAUUGACAAUAGAACGCAGCAGGUGGUGGCCAUCAAGAUAAUCGAUUUGGAGGAAGCUGAGGAUGAGAUCGAUGACAUACAGCAGGAGAUCAUGGUGCUCUCCCAGUGCGAUUCGCCGUAUGUCACCAAAUACUAUGGAUCCUUUCUGAAAGGCACCAAACUAUGGAUAAUUAUGGAGUACCUGGGUGGCGGCUCUGCAUUGGACUUAAUGAAAGCGGGAUCCUUCGAAGAGAUGCACAUUGGCAUCAUACUGCGAGAGGUACUCAAAGGCCUCGACUACUUGCACUCGGAGCGCAAGCUGCAUCGCGACAUCAAGGCGGCCAAUGUGCUUCUCAGCGAGCUGGGCGAUGUGAAACUAGCCGAUUUUGGAGUAGCUGGGCAACUCACCAAUACGACAUCCAAGCGAAAUACGUUUGUGGGUACACCCUUCUGGAUGGCACCAGAAGUUAUUAAGCAAUCACAGUACGAUUCGAAAGCGGACAUCUGGUCGCUGGGCAUCACGGCCAUCGAGCUGGCCAAGGGCGAGCCGCCUAAUUCGGAGCUACAUCCGAUGCGUGUACUUUUCUUAAUACCGAAAAACAAUCCGCCCCAAUUGACUGGUAACUAUAGCAAAUCAUUUAAGGACUUUGUCGAGGCAUGCCUUAACAAGGACCCAGAGAACCGACCGACAGCAAAGGAACUGCUUAAGUAUCCGUUCAUUAAGAAGGCAAAAAAGAAUGCCUAUCUGAUUGACUUAAUCGAUCGCUUCAAGAAAUGGAAACUCUCUAAGGGCGAUGAGAGCGAAACUGAGUCGGAGAACUCCGAUUCCGAUUCGGAUGCCAAGCAGAGCGGCGUCGGCGGCAGCGGUCACGACGAACCCUGGAUAAUGACCGUUAAGGGACUACACAUCAAUAGCGCACCGCGUGCCGGAGUCAAUAGCUUUCAGCUGCAGGAGCACGAGCUGACCAUGCAGAAACUUAUGGCCACGACACAUUCGCCCACGACGGGCGUCAGCAGCAACAGCAGUCAAUCAGCUUCGAGCAGCAACCUUAGUAACAGUAUUGGAGGCCCCAGCAAAGCUGCGAGUGCAACUAACGUGGGUAAUGCGAUUGCAACGGCGGCGGCGACGUCGGCGUCUGGCAGCGACUUGCCGACGAUGGUCAGCAGCAACAGCAAUAGCAACAACAAUAAUAACAAUAACAGUAACAACAACAACUUGAACAGCAACAAACAUGCCACAACAACUAUGCUGAAUGCGCCACUGAGUGGUGGAGGAUUAGGAGGUGGAGGUGGAAUAGGAGCAGGAGCAGCUGGCAAUUCAUCAUCUGGCGGUGGAAGAAUGCUGCCGGUCAGCACAUCCAGUUCGGCCACUGAUAUAGUGCAGAAACGCGCCAGCUCUAAACCAGAGCUGCGUCAGUCACGUUCGGUUGCUACAUUGGACCAAGUUGAAGAGCGUCGUGCCUCCCUAGGCCUGCCACUCAGCAUGGACCAGCAUCAACAACAGCACCAGCAUCACCACCAGCAGCAGCAGCACCAGCAGCAACGUCGUAGCAACAACCGUGAAUCAUUCCAUGCGACAAGCGCCAAUAAUGUAAGCAACAGCAGCAGCAGUGGCAUGAACGUUGCCGAACACAACGAUUCACUGGCUUCCAAUCAAUCCAAUCACGGCAAGCUUGCGACCGGGCAGGGCCAGCGCGUGUCAUAUCACACGAACAGCGCUUGCCUAAACAAUUUGCUCUUCCCGGUGCUGGGUGACAUACAGCGCAAAUAUAGCAACAGCAGCAAGAAUUUGCAGAGUAUGCACGGCGUUGGCGUCGGCAGUGACAUUGGCGAUUUGAAGUCGGUGUUUGAGCUGGCCGAGCGCAGCAGUCCAGGAGUUAGUGACCUGUUCAUGAAGGAGCUAAUCCAUAUGCUGAUGCCGGGCUAUUCGGAGACGCGAAUCAAUAAUAUUAUGGAUCGCGCUAUACGCAAUCGCAAAUAGACCGUGAAACGGCCUGCCCAUAUUCCAAAACAAAACAUAUAUAUAUAUGUAUUUAUAUAUUUAUAUAAGUAUAACACUGACAUGCAUACAUAGGAAAUUAAGAGCUUAGAAAUUAUAACUUAGACUGAACUAAACUAUGGAAUGUUUAAAGCAAUAUU